CCACCCCACAAGAACGGGAUUCAGAAUAACAAUGGUAACGAUGAGGAUGGUGAAGGUGGCAGGUGAUGAUCAGGUUCACAUGGACAAACUGACAAACCAGAAGCUCAUGUGGAAUGAUGAGUUCUGGCAGAAUCCAUGGGACCAGGGAGGCCUGGCAGUGAUCAGCUUAUUCAUCACCAUGAUCCUGUUUCUCAUUGUGUUCGCCAUUAUAUUUGGUUUACUCCCUCCACUUAAGAAGGUCAACCAACCGGUGUGAAGAGUCGUGACCUGACUUUCUGGGGGCCAAGAAGGGGCCCACCUGUUAACUCUCAAAACACCAUGUACCUUUUCUUCAAAGCCCUUUUAAGAGUCUGCAAUUAUACAUACAUGUUAACGUAAUUAAUUAAUUAACUAAUGUGAUUGUCUAAUAAGUGCCUGUCUUCCCCACUGAACAGAACACCACAAAAGCAGGGGAUGGGUCUCUUUCUGCUCACCACUGUAUCCCCAUACCCAAUGUACCUGGCGCGGAGUCCGUUUCAAACAAUAUUUGUUGGUUGAAUAA